CUUAAUUUGAAGUUCGAAAAGAAAAAGAUGGAAGUUUUAGAUAGAAUAGUUGUUGCUAUAAGAAAAAGGCCAUUAUCUUAGAAAGAAAUAAUAAAAAAGGAGGAAGACAUAAUUAUUGUGUAAAACGAUAACAGUGUGAUCGUUAAAGAAAUAAAGUAAGAUUAAUAAAUUAAAUGAGUUUAGAUAGAAAGUAGACUUAACAAAAUAUAUUGAAGAACAUUAAUUUAAUUUUGAUCUUGCUUUUAAUUAGAAUAAUUCAAAUGAAUAAGUUUAUAUCAAUGCAGUUAGACCAAUAAUAAGAGCAGCAUUUUAGAGAGCAAAAGUGACAUGUUUUGCAUAUGGUUAGACAGGAAGUGGAAAGACAUAUACAAUGAUAGGAGAUAUUGAGAGAUAAGUACCUGGAAUGUAUUUAUUAGCUGGAUAAGACAUAUUUUAAAUAAUAGAAAUGGUACAUGAUAAAUAUAAUUAAAAUAUUAGGAAGAAUAUACACAUCUUUAAGUAUAUGUUUCUUUUUUUGAAAUUUAUUGUGGAAAAUUGUAUGAUUUAUUAUCUUAGAGAAAUUAAAUUUAAAUAAGGGAAGAUGCAAAAGGUAAUGUGAAUAUGAUUAAUUUAAUGGAAAAAAAGAUAAAUUCAGUUCAAUAAUUAAUGCAUUUUAUUUAAUUAGGAUAGAAUGUAAGAAUUACAGGUAUAUAUUAAAAUAUAUAAUAAUUAGCAUCAAAUAGUUCAAAUUCUGAAUCUUCUAGAUCGCAUGCAAUAUUGUAAGUAAUAUUGAAAUCGGGAAAAACAGUUCAUGGGAAAAUGUCAUUUAUUGAUUUAGCUGGUAGUGAAAGAGGAGCUGAUGUUUAAGAUUAUAAUAAAUAAACUAGAAUAGAUGGAGCAGAAAUUAAUAAAUCAUUAUUAGCUUUAAAAGAAUGUAUAAGAGCAUUAGAUCUUAAUAAAAAUCAUACACCAUUUAGAGGAUCUAAAUUAACUUUAGUAUUAAAAGAUAGUUUAACUGGAAAUUGUAAGACUGUUAUGAUUGGAAAUAUAUCUCCAAGUUCAUAAAGUAGUGAGCAUACUCUAAAUACAUUAAGAUAUGCUGAUAGAGUCAAAGAAUUAAAGAAACCUGAAAAUAGAUUAUAUUAAGGUGAUUAAAUGUAAAGAGAAUUAAUGUUGGCAAGAUAGGCAAGUAUGAUCAUUUUUUAUAAAUUUAGAAAAUAUUACAAGGAAAUAAUUCAAUGAUGAAGAGGAUUAAGAAAAUUUGAAAAGUUUUAGUCCUAUUUCAAAUAUUAAAAGAUAAUCAUUAUAAUAACCAUUAUAAACUUCUACUUAAAUGUUUAACAAUUAGAAUUUCAAUUUAUAAAAAGAAAAUAGAAAGACUGAUAUUGCAUCUGCUAUUAAUAAAUUUAAUCUAUCAUCUAUUCCAUCUAUUAAUUUAAAUUUCAAUAAUACCUAAUAAAUUAAUCAAUCUAAUCAUAAUAAUUACUUUCCUAUUCAUUAAAGAAUCAAUUCUGCAAGUAAUUACUAAAAUGAUUAUGAUCAUUACAAUAAUGAUAGCUAACAGAAUUUGUUCUUAAAAACUUAAAAUUAUUCUUAAUAACAUAAUUAAUUAUUUUAAUAGCAUUAAUUUAAUUAAACAAAGACUUAUAGUGAUUUAUUUAGUGAAUCUCCUUACUAAUCAUAAUAAGAAUAAGGAUUUAAAUAAUUAAAUUAAUAGGCUGUUUAAUAAAGUUAAGAAAGUUAAGAAUUAGAAGAAGAAUUUGAUUAUUCUCUUCCUUAACAAUCAUAAAGAUAAGGAUUAAUAAAUAAUACCUCUAUUGUUUAAGAUCAUAAAAAUUUAAUUGAUAAAAUUAUUGAAAUUUCUAAAUUGGUAUUUAUAUUUCAUUAUUUUAGGAAAUGAAAGAAAUUACUAUUUAUGAAAAAUAAAAUGAUAUUUAAUCAUAUUUAUAAACAAUAUAGUAGUAAUUAUAAUAAAAAGUGGACUUGAUAUAAGAAUUUUAACAGAGGGUUUGUGAAAUGUAGUAAUAAAGUUAACAUUGGACAUUUCAACCAAAUGAUAGCUAAAGUAGAGAUGAUUUGUUUCUAUAUACUAAUUACUGA